AUGGAGUUUGAUCUGGAGGGUAUGGGCCUGCGGGAGCCCGAGGACUGGACGCCAGCGGCUAGGACCGACGGGGAAGCUUCACUUGGAGCGGACUUUGCCGAGCAGGACUCGCUGCUGGACGACUGCCUCUCGGGGCACAGCCUUGGGGCCAGCCUCCUCGGGCCCUGCGACAGCAUGGGGGCCGUCGACCACUUCCCCUGCAUAGCGGACGAGCUGGAGGAGCAGGCCAAGCAGCUGGAGGGGGACUGGCUCAACCCCAGCCAGCUCGCCGCCCUGGCCGAUGGCAAGGCGGUGCACCUUGCGGGCUCGGGCCGCGCCAGCCGCCUGGCGCUGCACGCUGAGCUGAAGCGCAUGGAGCAGCAGCAGCAGCAGCAGCGGCAGCAGCAGCAGCAGCAGCAGGAGAAGGAGCAGCGGUCUCGGCCCGCGGAGGGCGCGGGGCCUCAGCGCCAGGCCAGCGGCGUGCGCGAGGAGCCGGUCACCCCGCAGCGCCACAGCACCGCCAACGACUCGUCCUGGAACGAGUCGCCGCUGCCCGGCGGCGGCGCCGGCCUGGAUGCGGGAGAGGUGCAGUCGCCAGACCCCGUGAAGCUGCUGUCCCUGCCCAGCGGCCCCAGCGGCGCGCAGCGGCCCCCGCUGGCUGCCGCCAUCAGCAACGCGCAGAGCGUGCGGCUGGGGCGGGAGCCGGCGCCCGGCGCCUGGCGCGGGUGUGGCAGAAGCGCGUGGUGCAGCCUGGAGCCGCGCCACGGCGGCGCCUGCACCGACUGCGCGGCCGUGCCGGGCCUGCUGGCCUACCCGCCGCUGGAGCUGUUCCACUCUGGCGUCAACAUUGAGGAGCUGUGCAGGGUGCCAGAGGAGCUGGAGGAGGAGGCGGAGGCGGAGGGGGUGCCUGCGCCAGACACAGAGUCGGAGGGCGAGGGCGGCCGCCCCGCCGCCGCGGCAGGCUGCCUGAGCAGCGGCAAGCGGUGCGCGGAGGCGGAGGCCGACGACGGCGCCAGCCACAGCCAGAGCGGCGGCGCUGCCAGCAGCAGCAGCCCCGGCGCGGCGGUGGAGCAGCCGCGGCCCGCGGGCCCCGCAGCCAAGCGCAGGCGCGGCGGCGAGGUGGGCAGCCCAGCAGGCGGCCUGGCCGCGGCGCUUCCUGACCUGGCGGCGGCGGCGGCGGCCGCGCUGGAGCCGCCGCCGGCGAUGCCGGUGCCGGAGCUCGCAGACGGCCUGGGCCCGCCCUCGCUGGCGGCGGCGGCUGCGGCGGCCAUGGAGCUCUCCCUCCACCCGCUGCUCUGCAUGGUGCCCGUGGCCCUGCCCCCGCCGCCGCCGGGCGCCCUGGACAUGCCCCAGUUUGCGCCGCCGGUGCCGCCCAUGCCGGCGCCCAGCCUGGGGGCAUACCUGCGCAACCUGGGGCGCCCCGCCGGCGCGCCGCGCCUGCGCCCGCUGCCCACGGCGCCGCCGCCGACGCCGGCCGAGGCCAAGCCCGUGGCCGCCGCCGCCGCCGCCGCCACGCCCUCCAAGCCCGUCACCCGCCAGAAGCACACGCACACGCCCAGCGGCGCCGCCGCUCCUGCGGCGCCCCGCAGCUCUGGCCGCCGCACGGUGCUGCAGUGGCACACCGACAGCGUGACCGACCCGCGCACAGGCGCCGCCAUCACCGCUGUGCAGCCCGGCACCUUCUGCACGCAGUGCUAUGCCCUCAGCACCCCCGUGUGGCGCGCCGGCCCCUUUGGCCCUAAGAGCUUGUGCAACGCCUGCGGCGUGAGGUGGAUGAAGUACGCAAAGGGCUCCAAGAAGUGA